UGCAAUUACUGUACGCCCUGAUUUAUUAUAUUAAUUUGUUUGACAUUUUGCAGGAUGCAAUCUCUUGAUGCACCCUUUCUAUUUCAAGAAUGCCCAAAAUGGGCACUUUGUAUGACUAUAGGGGUAUACAUAUUUUUAUAUUUAUUGACCUUCUGUCUUGUUUAGACAAGAGUUGAGGGAAGUUCAGUGAGUAUAAUUUUUUGGACAAGCACACACAAUUCUGUUUUGUGCUGUAGGCUUUUAUUCACACACACAGGGGCGGACUGGGACCAGAAAUAGGCGCUGGCAUUUCUAACACACUGGACCAUUUUUUCCCCUGAGGCCCCCAAAACAGUCCAUUAUUUCCCCCUGAGGCCCCCACAACCGUCCAUUAUUUUCCCUGCUGGCCCAAACAUCAGCCCAUGUUACUCUUUAAGCCAGAUAAUUAUAAUUUUGCACAAAAAAAGUUUGACAGGCCCACAGCUAGUUAGCUGUUAAUAACUGUGAAAGAUGGACCAGCCCAUUUGUCCUCCUGUCCUUACACAGACAAACAUAAUUUUCUCUAGAAAUUCAUCCUGAUUCAUUUGCAUGCAUGUCAUAUUGCAGGUUAAGUGUGCCGUUUGAAAGAUAGUCUAAUGACAGAAAAUCGUAUUAUUAGCUCAGUUGACCUCAAUGCGCGAUAAUUAUGCUGAUGCUGUGGCGUGGGUUCUCGACCUUGUAACAAAAAAACGUGUUUACAGUGGAAUGACGCGUGAUGCUGCGUUACUUUCCACGUACCCAUCUAGUCCACCACCGGAGAAAAGCAUUGGUCUAUCCCAGGCAGACCGGUCACUGUAGCCGCGCUGUUGAGAAGAAACCCGAACGGUACUGGUAGAGGGGAAAGGCAUCCUGUGCCUGCCUUUUGCAGUGCGGCUGCUCUGGAGACACGCGGGACAAAUCAUCUAUUCCUUUCCUAAAAGGAUUUCACCCAUACAUUAUAAGGACCAGUACACCAAAUAAGAGCGCAGCAAUGGAGGAGACGGUCAUAUGGGAGCAGCACACAGUAGCUCUACACAGGGCACCGGGGUUUGGCUUUGGGAUAGCCAUCUCAGGAGGUCGGGAUAACCCUCAUUUCCAGAGUGGUGAGACCUCCAUCGUCAUCUCGGACGUCUUGAAGGGAGGGCCAGCCGAGGGCCUACUGCAGGAGAAUGACAGAGUCACUAUGGUCAACGCCGUCUCCAUGGACAACGUGGAACAUGCAUACGCAGUCCAGCAACUACGGAAAAGUGGCAAGAAUGCAAAAAUUACAAUCAGACGGAAGCGGAAGGUGCAUGUACCCAUGGGUCGUCUGGGGGAGAGGGAGACCAUGUCGGAGCAUGAGGAGGACGAGGAGGACAGUUACGACGAAGAGAUAUACGAGACGCGCUCCACACGCAGCGGCCCCAGUGCCUACAGCGGCGUGGGAGGGGCCUCGGCCCGGCGCAGCGGGAGGAGCACGGGAAGGCGGGACCGGGACAGAGAGCGGGAACGCAGUGGCUCACGGGAGAGGAGUCUCUCCCCGCGGUCCGACCGGCGCUCACUCAACCAACCCCCGCGGCCCGCCAAAGUCACCCUCGUCAAGUCCCGCAAGAAUGAAGCAGAAUAUGGCCUUCGCCUGGCCAGCCACAUCUUCGUGAAGGACAUCUCCCCCGAGAGCCUGGCGGCCAGGGACGGAAACAUACAGGAGGGAGACGUAGUACUGAAGAUCAACGGCACGGUGACAGAGAACCUGUCGUUGAUAGACGCUAAGAAGCUGAUUGAGAGGUCAAAGGGCAAGCUAAAGAUGGUGGUGCAGAGAGACGAGAGAGCUACGCUGCUGAACAUACCAGACCUGGACGACAGCAUCCCAUCAGCCAACGCCUCCGACAGAGACGACAUUUCAGAUAUCCAUUCGGUGGCGUCCGACCAUUCCAACCGAUCCCAUGACAGACAUCGUAGCGGCCGGUCCCGCUCCCCGGACAGGCGAACUGAACCCUCCAGAUACUCCCCACCACAGAUCACCAACGGCAGAAGUCGUGAGGAGGAGAGGAUCUUGAAGCCGCCACCAGUACCAGCCAAGUUAGCAGAGGAGGUUCCUGCCCUGCCAAAACCCCUGGAGCAGCCGGCCACCAGGGAGGAGAAACAGUUACCACCUCUACCAGAACCCAAGCCAGUAUAUGCCCAGCCAGGCCAACCUGAUGUGGACCUGCCAGUCAGCCCCGCUGAUGCCCCUGUGCCAAGCGCUGCCCAUGAUGACAGCAUCCUACGGCCGAGUAUGAAGCUGGUGAAGUUUAAGAAGGGGGAGAGUGUGGGUCUGAGGCUGGCCGGGGGGAACGACGUGGGCAUCUUCGUAGCAGGAGUCCUGGAGGACAGCCCAGCAGCUAAGGAGGGUCUGGAGGAGGGGGACCAAAUUCUCAGGGUUAAUAAUGUGGAUUUUGCUAAUAUAAUCCGAGAAGAGGCGGUGCUGUUCCUCCUUGACCUCCCUAAAGGUGAAGAGGUCACCAUCCUGGCCCAGAAGAAGAAGGAUGUGUACCGGCGGAUCGUGGAGUCUGAUGUGGGCGACUCGUUCUACAUCCGGACCCACUUUGAGUAUGAGAAGGAGUCUCCGUACGGCCUGAGCUUCAACAAGGGAGAGGUGUUCAGAGUGGUGGACACCCUGUACAACGGUAAGCUGGGCUCCUGGCUGGCCAUCCGCAUCGGGAAGAACCACCAGGAAGUGGAGAGAGGCAUCAUCCCCAACAAGAACAGAGCGGAGCAGCUGUCCAGCGUGCAGUACAGCCUCCCCAAGACAGCUGGGGGCGACAGGGCAGACUUCUGGAGGUUCAGGGGCCUGAGGAGCUCCAAGAGGAACCUGAGGAAGAGCAGAGAGGACCUGUCGGCCCAGCCCGUCCAGUCCAAGUUCCCCGCAUACGAGAGGGUGGUGCUUAGAGAAGCUGGUUUCCUGAGGCCUGUGGUGACAUUUGGACCCAUCGCAGACGUGGCACGAGAGAAACUCUCCCGAGAGGAGCCCGAUCUGUUUGAGCUCGCAAAGAGUGAACCGAGAGACGCGGGGAAAGACCAGCGUAGUUCUGGAAUCAUCCGUCUCCACACCAUCAAACAGAUCAUCGACAGAGACAAACAUGCAGUGCUGGACAUCACCCCCAACGCAGUAGACCGUCUGAACUACGCCCAGUGGUACCCCAUCGUAGUGUUCUUGAACCCAGACAACAAGCAGGGGGUCAAGAACAUGAGAACCAGGCUCUGUUCCGAGUCCAGGAAGUCCGCCCGGAAACUCUACGAGAGAGCCCUGAAAUUAAGGAAGAACAACCACCAUCUCUUCACCACCACCAUCAACAUGAACAACAUGAACGAUGGCUGGUACGGAGCUCUGAAGGAGACUAUCCAGCAGCAACAGAACCAGUUGGUCUGGGUGUCAGAGGGCAAGGCGGACGGCGCGCCGGACGAUGACCUGGACAUCCACGAUGACCGUCUGUCAUACCUGUCAGCUCCGGGCAGUGAAUACUCCAUGUACAGCACGGAUAGCCGCCACACCUCUGAUUACGAGGACACGGACACAGAGGGCGGGGCCUACACCGACCAGGAAUUAGACGAGACUCUCAACGACGAGGUUGGGCUUCCCACAGAGCCAGCUAUCACCCGCUCCUCAGAGCCGGUCAGAGAGGACCCGCCCGUUAUCCAGGACCCCUCGUCUGGCGGUUACCCUGGAUACCAGCACAUUGCUGUGACUCCGCCCGACCCGGCCAACCGCAUCGACCCAUCCGGGUUCAAGUUGGCCGCCGCUCCUCAUCAGCAAGACGAUGCUGCUCUGGCUAGUCCUUCCUCUCUGCUGCCUGCUGCGGUGGCUGUGGCGCCCCCUGUUGUUGAGGCUGAGUCACAGCAACCUGCACUGCAGGUAGAGGGUAUGACCUCUGAACCCGAGGAGGAGGCUCCGGCUGCCGACUCACUCCUUAGCAGCCCCGCCCCUACUGAGCUAGCCCCGCCCCCAACACCACCAUCACUCGAACCCCAACCCCUGUCUGACCUGCAGCUCGGCCCUGGUCCUGAACCCAAGAUGUACAAGAAGGAUCUGUACAGUCUGGAGGAACCAGUGAGAGUGAACCACGGCGGCAUGAAGUCGUCUCUGAGCUACACCCACCAGCCCUACCAGGACAAACAGCCACACCACCAGUACGACCACCCGCCUUACGGCUACUGUAGCGACGGGGGGGGCUACGCCGAACCAAAGCAACCUCACCAGGGGAACUUUGACCCUCACACUCCUCACCUGCACUACGACAACCGUGUGCCUCAACACUACGGCGACGGCCAGUGGCCCCCCUACGACCAGCAGACCUCUUCUCCCCAGCCCCCGGGGUACCAGCCUGGCCCGGGCCAUCAGCAGACCUCUUCUCCCCAGCCCCCGGGGUACCAGCCUGGCCCGGGCCACCAGCAGACCUCUUCUCCCCAGCCCCCGGGGUACCAGCCUGGCCCGGGCCAUCAGCAGACCUCUUCUCCCCAGCCCCCGGGGUACCAGCCUGGCCCGGGCCACCAGCAGACCUCUUCUCCCCAGCCCCCGGGGUACCAGCCUGGCCCGGGCCACCAGCAGGGUUACACCCCGAGGGGGACCACCCCCUACGAGGACGGCCCAGUCAGGGACUACAGCCCCCCCCAGCCCUGCUACGAUGAGGCACCGGCGGGGAUGCAGGGCUACGACGGCAGGCCUCGUCACGGUAAAACCCCUGGGCCUAUGCGGUACGAUGAACCGCCUCCCUCGGCUGACCGUUACGACGCUCGCUCCCCUUAUGAGUCCGAGCCCCCUCACUGCUACCCAGUAAGCUCUCCCCGCUCCCCAGACCCCCCCAAGCAGUAUUACGGAGACUCUGCUCCUGGCCUGAGACCCUCCUAUAACCCAGGACCUCCCAACCGGGGCGGUGGCUACAACCGUGAACCUCUAAUGACCUCUGACCCACCCAUGCCCCCUCCCAAACCUGAACCCCUGGCCUCCCCAGGAGAGAUGGGAGUAAACGCGGGGUCCAAGCCUCCGAGGCAGGAGGAAAGGGACGACCCGGCCAUGAAGCCCCAAUCGGUGCUCAACAGGGUCAAGAUGUUUGAGAAUAAAAGAUCGUUGUCUGUUGACCGGGCCAAGGAGACUGACGACUCUACCGUGACGAGGCCUGCAGACCUGCCCAAACCUGUGACUGCACCUGGGCCUGUCCCCAAAGCCAACUCCCUCAGCAACCUGGAGCAGGGGAAGGCUACUUACAGAGCCCCGGAGCCCCAGAAGCCCCCUGGGUCUAAACCCCUGUAUGACGUGGUCCACUCCUCCAACCACUACGAUGCUGACGAGGAUGAGGAGUACUACAGGAAACAGCUGUCCUACUUUGACCGACGCAGCUUCGACAGCAAGGCCAUGAACCCCAGCCCUGGCGUCAACCGCUUCCCACCACAGACCCAGCUGGCUUACCCUUACAACAGGGCGGAGUCUGUGGAGAAGGUGAGUCCGGUAGAGAAGAGGUACGAGCCCCUCCCCCAGAUCAGCCCUGUGUCUCAGUACGGACCACCCAGCCCUGCUGUACCACCCAACAGCCUGCCCAAACUCAUCACCAACGACGUGAACUCUCACCCCGACCAGCUCCUCAGCUCCUCUCCAAAACUUGACCUCUCUGGUCUCCGCCCCCCUGUCCUCCAGGACCCCCCUUCCCAGCCCUACCUGGCCCAGAGGUCCCCAGUGGGGGUCAACGGCACUGACGCACCCCCCAAAACCCCUGGAACCACCCCCACCCCACAAAGCUACAACCGAUACGUCCCUAAGCCGUACACCUCCUCGGCCCGACCCUUUGAGAGGAAGUUUGAAAGCCCCAAGUUCAACCACAACCUCCUCCCCAACGACAGUGGGAAGACAGACCUCCUGAUCAGUAGCAGCAACUCCAAACCCAGUGUGGUCAACAACAACAGCAGAACCAAGCCUCCGCUGUCUCCUCAGCCCCUGGACCACGACAGUGGACUGGAUACGUUCACACGCACCAUGGACAACAGGGGGCCCAAGUACCAGCAGCACAACAACUUAGUCAACAAUGCUGUGUCCAAGGCCAUACCUGUCAGCCCCAGUGCUCUGGAGGAUGACGAGGAGGACGAAGGACACACGGUGGUGGCCACGGCCCGGGGGGUCUUCAACUGUAACGGCGGGGUGCUGAGCUCCAUCGAGACGGGAGUCAGUAUCAUCAUCCCCCAGGGAGCCAUCCCAGACAGCAUAGAACAGGAGAUCUAUUUCAAGGUCUGUCGAGACAACAGCAUCCUGCCCCCCCUGGACAAGGAGAAAGGAGAGACCCUGUUGAGCCCUCUGGUGAUGUGUGGGCCUCACGGUCUUAAGUUCCUGAAGCCGGUGGAGCUGCGUCUACCUCACUGUGCGUCUAUGACCCCCGAUGGUUGGUCUUUUGCUCUAAAAUCCUCCGACUCCUCGUCGGGUGACCCCAAGACAUGGCAGAACAAGUCUCUUCCAGGAGACCCCAACUACCUGGCGGGAGCCAACUGUGUGUCUGUGCUCAUUGACCACUUCUGAACAUAGAGGGAGACAGCUGGCCUGUUACUGAAUGUGUUAGAUCAGGGGGACAGCCACAGACUUAAACGUUACCCCACUCUCCUGCUGCUGUGACCCCUUUGCCCUGUUGUCUCCCUCCCAGGCAGCAGGAGGCAGCACUGCUGGACUUGAUGAAGUACGAACUUGAUUCUUGAAUAUAUUCUUAUGUUCUUGAACUUGAUUUAUUGAACAUUAAGUUGUUUAUGGUGACCGACCCUGAAAAAGGAGGAGGAGUCCCAGUGAAGUGGGAGGAGUCUCAACACAGCAUCCUAUCCCAGUGCUGUGCUCUCUUUUUCCCGCCCACCCUUUUUUUCUUUUGGUGCUUUAACUAAAGGCUUGCAAAAAAUCUAAAACUGUUAAAAACGAAAAUAUAUAAUAAAAAUGGAACUGUUGUUGGAAUGCAUGACCAGUGCCACAGACUGACUGAAUAAUAAAUCUAAUUAAGAUUUUUUUUCAAAUUUUUUAGCAAGUUGCAAGACAGAGGAACAUUACAAAAAAAUCAAGACGAGGAUAAUUUUUUUAAUUAAUUGAAUAUUGCAAUGGAAAUUUUACAACUUACUGUAUGCACUCACAAACAGAAAAGUUGGUAUAUGCAAAAGCUUUUUUGUUUGUGAGGUCGAUUGUGGUCAUACGUUUUGCUCUUAAAGGAUAAACUGAGGACUUUGGAAAUGCAGCUGAGCCUGACUCAAGGGUUAUGAAGGAACCUUGAUACUGUAGGCAUAUCGUUUAUGAAGAUAAUAUUUCAAAACACAAUACCUUUUUGAAGGUAAUACUGAAGACUGAAGGUAAUGUAUUGGCAUUGGGAUGUCCCCGUUUGAUUGGUCUAUUGGCAUUGGGAUGUCCCCGUUUGAUUGGUCUAUUGGCAUUGGGAUGUCCCCGUUUGAUUGGUCUAUUGGCAUUGGGAUGUCCCCGUUUGAUUGGUCUAUUGGCAUUGGGAUGUCCCCGUUUGAUUGGUCUAUUGGCAUUGGGAUGUCCCCGUUUGAUUGGUCUAUUGGCAUUGGGAUGUCCCCGUUUGAUUGGUCUGUCCCCGUUCAGAAGAACCACUGAAUGUUUUAGAUAAAUAAAAAUGUCACUGACUUGAUUUGACAAACUCUUGCAGCUGUCUAGAGAUCUAUGCAUGUGCUUCGACUCAGGUCCGGAAGCCUGCUACUACUAAGUUCAAACACAUAAAAAAAGUCCCAUCUUACACUGCAAGCAGUGAUGCCUUAUCUGCAUAUUAACUAAAAAACAUCAGAUCUUUUACGUUUUAGUGAUUACAUUUUUUUUUUUUUUUAAUUGGAACAAAAGAAAUGAAAUUUCACUGCAUUUUCAACCCAUUAUAUCAGUGAACUUGGAUUAACAAUCGUAUGAGGUUGAUGAAGAGGUCAUGUUUUAUGUUCCUGCAUAUUGAACUUUCAGAGGAAAUCCUACAAAACGUAAAAACACUAGGAACGUUUAAAUUGUGUCUGUAUAUAAUGCUAGCAUAUGGCCUUGUUUCGCUUUAAAUUUAACUUUUGUACAUCUUUGUCAUUUUGUAUAAAAGAGGUAAAAAAAGAAAAG